GCAAGAUGUAAACCAUAACAAAGAUGCUGCUAGUGAUUAUUCUUAGAUUUAAGGUAUAACUUCCCCAAUGAAGGUAAAAAAGCUUUCACGCCCAUGCAAGAGGCAAACGUGGUACAGAGGACCUAAAGACCCUUGUGAUACAAGAUAGUGUCUGUUGAUUGACCCAGCACUAAUAAUUUGACAUAAAUGUGAUCCCUCAGUAAGAACUGCCACAGUGAAAGCUUUUCCACUUCAAUGGGAGAAGUGAAAAUUCAAGUUGGAUCACUACACCGCGUCUACCUGUGGUGACCAAGUUAACUACCUACACUGCUCUUCACCUGAUCCUGCAAUCAAGUGUGUGGUCUCAAGCAAGAAGACAAACAAGGAGAAGGUUAAGGUUAAGAAGAGUGUUGUUAGGUACUGUAUUUUUUUUGUGUAUAAAGUUCAGUAUAAUACCAACACCAUGGCAGACAGUGGAAGUGAUAAAAAGGACACUGUCAUCAAUCCAGGUAGAAAAAGUGAGAGGAAGGUAAUUCCUACAGAGAAGGAUAGACAGUAUCAAGUUACACUCAAGGACAGGUAUAAUGAAGUGUAUCAGUGUCUAAGUGAACUAAUGACAGUAAUUUGGAAAAUAGUAAGUAGCAAUGAUUCUCCUCAGUUAGUGUAUGAUGACUAUAAAAAGUGGAAGGAGCUUUAUGUUGUUUCAACAGUUAGAAAGUGACUUGCAAGUAAUACUAACUAAAGAAGAAAAGGCUGAGUACAUGGAGGAAUUCACAGAUCAUGGCAAGGCUUUGAUAGAAUUUAAGGAGGAAAUAGAGAAAUAUUUUGCAACUAAGAGUACUGAAUUCCAGUAUGGAAAUGUGCAUGCUGAUAACAGUGUUUUACAAUACAGUCAUGCUUCAAGUAGAUCAAAAGUUAGUUCCCUUUCAGUACGUGAAAAGGCAGAACACAUACAUUUGGAGGACCAGCAGAAGAGAGCGGAACUUUUGGCCUGCAGUGCAGCACUCUGCCCUACAUGAAUUAGAAAUUGAAGCUAAGAUGCUAACCAUCCAGAACUAGAUAAAUUAAGAAUGGAAAAGAGAAAGAAAGAACUAGCUUUAAAAACAGAAAUGGAAGUUAGCAUAGCAAAGCUUGAAGCAGUAGAGACGAUUUUAGAAAAACCAAUUGGGGAACAACAGACUGUACCUGGAAACACGACACCACCGUCUGAACCUAAAGUUACAGGCCCUGCAUGGUUGAGACAAAAUGACUUGAGAGCUGCAUCAACACCAUACAUGCAAUAUGGUGCAGCCAACAAACCAAUACAGUCAGUACUGAAUUCUGCAGCAACAACCUAUGCACCAACCUCCAUGAUUGUGCCUCCUCUUCCUCCUCCUCAACAACAACUACCAUCUAUGCAACCCAGUACUGGAACCAAUGAUCUAACAUCUGUUAUAUCUUCAUUGGCUGACAUUUUGGCAAGCAGGCAAGACAAAUUACCUUUGAAAGAACCAGACAUAUUCAAAGGGAAUAUGUUUGAGUACCCAGAGUGGAUCAUCUCCAUAGUAACUCAAGUUGAGUGCAAGUAUCCCAAGGCUACUGACAAAUUAUAUUAUCUUGGGAAGUACACAUCUGGGGAAGCCAAAAUGUGUAUAAAGACUUUGUUAUCAUUGAACACAGUAGAAGCAUAUGUUAAGGCAAAGAAGUUGUUAGCUGACAGAUAUGGAAACAAACUCAUACUUGCUAAAUCAUACCGUGAAAGAACUGAAAAGUGGCCAACUGUGAAAACUGGUGACGGCAAGGCAUUAUGUAACUUUUCUGAUUUUCUAUUACAAUGUGAGACAGCAAUGUCAACACUUUGUCAGUUGAAAGUGUUGGAUGAUGCUGAUGAACAUCAGAAAAUAAUAAACAAACUGCCAAAGCACAUUCAAGAAAAAUGGACGGCAUAUAUUGAUAAAUGGCUUUAUAAUGAGGAUAAUGAACAGAUCAGGGAUGAGUAUCCUCCCUUCUCAAAACUAUGUCAGUUCAUAAGUAAACAAGCUUGUACUGCUUGCAAUCAUCUCAGUGCACAACUUGGUGAGUCAAAGGUUAAAGAUAUGAAGCCAGCACAAAAUAAAGCUCGCAGUUUUGCCUCAAGUUAGCAAGGUAGCGACAGAACCAGUCAAUUUUGCAUCACAAAACAGCAAGGCAGUGCCAGAACCAGUCAGUUGUGCCUCACAAAUUAACCCAGUAGACACUACAUAAGCUGAGAACUGUGACACCAAGAAAAAAUCUGAUGAAAGUUCUAAGUGUCCUCUCUGUGAAAGACAACACAGACUGGAAGUUUGCAAUGUGUUUAAAGCAAUGUUACUUUCAGACAGAAGUGAGUUUGUUAAAAAAAAGGAUAUUGUUGGGCAUGCCUCCAAUGGGGACACAGAAGUCGCAACUGCAGAUACAGAAUGAAAUGUGAAACAUGUGGACGUACACACCCAACAUUACUUCAUGAUGACUCAAAACUGACAAAGGACACAAAGAACACAGGACAGGAAUCAAAGAUCACACACUGUACUGAAGUCUGCAAUACAAGUACACAAGACAGUGGAUGUUCCCAUUCAUUGAUUAUACCAGUGCUACUACACCAUGAAGAUAACCAAACUGACAGCUUUAUUGUAUAUGCACUUCUUGACGACCAGUCAGAUGUUUGCUUCAUAUCUGACUCUGUGUUGGACAAGUUAGACACCCAAGGAGAGGAAGUGCAAGUACGUUUAUCGACUAUGCUAGCUGAAGACACCAUCACUUGUAAGAGAAUAAGUGGGUUCGUGAUAAAAGGAAUUGCAGUACCCAGCAUAAAGUUGUCAAAAACCUACUCCAGACAUACUAUUCCAGCUAAACAAGGGGAAAUUCCCAAAAAGGACUCAGUUCAGAAAUGGAACCACAUACAAGAAGUUGCAAAUUUAUUACCACCUUAUUUCCCAGAUGUUGAGGUGGGACUGUUGAUUGGACUCAAAAUAUGCUCAGCCCAUUAAACCCUUAGAAUGUGUACCAGGAAAGGGAAAUGACCCUUAUGCACUAUGCACUACUUAGGGAUGGGGUGUAGUGGGAAUCAUGAGUCCAGGUUACAAAAGGCACUUAUAAGACCCGUCAGUUACUAGUCACAGAAGAAAGAAAACGUCACUUCACACUGAAGACUCAUGUAAAGGAAGUGAGUCCCAUUAAGGUAAACAAAAUGUUUGAAUUAGAAUUCUGUGAAUGAACCACUGAAGAAAAAAUGUCACAAGAAGAUAGAAGGUUUCUGAAAACUAUGAACAAUAACAUACACCAAAAAGAUGAUGGUCACUAUGAGGUGCCACUUCCCUUCAAAACAGAUACAGUGAAACUUCUGAAUAACAGGCAAUUAGCUAUGAGAAGACUCCAAAGACUGAGGACAAGGUUGAUGAAGGACCCUAAGUACAAGGAUGAUUAUACAGCUUUUAUGCAAAACAUGAUCACCAAGAACUAUGUAGAAAGGGUUCCAGAUAAUGAAAUGUCUCUCUGUGAUGGGUCAAGUAUGAUAAAUUGCACACCAUGAUGUGUACCACCCUAAGAAGCCUGGCAAGAUAAGGAUUGUGUUUGACUGCAGUGCUGAAUAUGAAGAAGUCUUGAAUCGACACUCACUUCAAGGCCCUGACCUAACAAACAACCUCGUUGGUGUGCUGUGUUGCUUUAGGAAGGAAAGGAUGGCCUUUACAUGUGAUAUAGAAGGUAUGUUUCACCAAGUUGGUGUUAAUGAAGACAGAAACUUGCUAAGAUUCCUCUGGUGGAAAAAUGGUCAAUUAGAUAACACUCCUAUGGAAGUAGCUCCUAUGGAGCUACUUCAUCACCAGGGUGUGUCAACUUUGCAUUAAAACACACAGCUGACAGCUACAAGGACAGCUAUGAAGAAGCAGCCAAGUUUAUAGAGACUUUUAUGUAAAUGAUGGUAUUGCCUCAACCGCCUCAAAGGAAGAUGCACAAAAACUUAUUGAAAAUGGCAUGAAGUUGUGUGAAAAGGGAGGUUUCCAUCUUGACAAGUUUGUAGCAAACAACAAGGAAGUUCUAAAUGCUCUACCAACCAGUGAACAAGUACAAGAUUUUGAUAAAGUAAAUAUUCUGCAAGAAGACCAAUUAAUAGAAAGAACUCUUGGAGUACAGUGGUGCAAUGAAAGUGACACCCUACAGUUUAACAUAGACCUACAAGACAAGCCCCUUACUUGACAUGGUAUUCUGUCUACACUCAGUUCCAUUUUUGACCCCCUCGGACUUGUAUCACCUACACUCCUUAAAGAGAAACUCAACUUUUUUUUUUUCAUGUAGGAAGGACACUGACCAAGGGCAACAAAAAUCCAAUAAAAAAAAAAAUGCCCACUGAAAUGCCAGUCCCAUAAAAGGGUCAAAGCAGUGGUCAAAAAUUGAUGAAUAAGUGUCUUGAAACCUCCCUCUUGAAGAAAUUCAAGUCAUAGGAAGGUGGAAAUACAGAAGCAGGCAGGGAGUUCCAGAGUUCACCAGAGAAAGGGAUGAACGAUUGAGAGUACUGGUUAACUCUUGCGCUAGAGAGGUGGACAGAAUAGGGGUGAGAAAGAAGAAAGUCUUGUGCAGCGAGGCUGCGGGAAGAGGGGAGGCAUGCAGUUAGCAAGAUCAGAAGAGCAGUUAGCAUGAAAAUAACGGUAGAAGACAGCUAGAGAUGCAACAUUGCGGCGGUGAGAGAGAGGCUGAAGACAGUCAGUUAGAAGAAAGGAGUUGAGACGAAAAGCUUUUGAUUCCACCCUGUCUAGAAGAGCAGUAUGAGUGGAACCCCCCCAGACAUGUGAAGCAUACUCCAUACAUGGACGGAUAAGGCCCUUGUACAGAGUUAGCAGCUGGGGGGGGUGAGAAAAACUGGCGGAGACGUCUCAGAACGCUUAACUUCAUACUUCAUAGAAGCUGUUUUAGCUAGAGAUGAGAUGUGAUGUUUCCAGUUCAGAUUAUAAGUAAAGGACAGACCAAGGAUGUUCAGUGUAGAGGAGUGGGAUAGUUGAGUGUCACUGAAGAAGAGGGGAUAGUUGUCUGGAAGGUUGUGUCGAGUUGAUAGAUGGAGGAAUUGAGUUUUUGAAGCAUUGAACAAUACCAAGUUUGCUCUGCCCCAAUCAGAAAUUUUAGAAAGAUCAAAAGUAAAGCAUUCUGUGGCUUCCCUGCGUGAAAUGUUUACCUCCUGAAGGGUUGGAUGUCUCUGAAAAGACGUGGAAAAGUGCAGGGUGGUAUUAUCAGCAUAGCAGUGGAUAGGACAAGAAGUUUGGUUUAGAAGAUCAUUAAUGAAUAAUAAGAAGAGAGUGGGUGACAGGACCGAACCCUGAGAAACACCACUGUUAAUAGAUUUAGAAGAACAGUGACCGUCUACCACAGCAGUAAUAGAACAGGUGUGGUAGACAGAACCGAACCCUGAGGAACACCACUGUUAAUAGAUUUAGGAGAAGAACAGUGACCGUCUACCACAGCAGCAAUAGAACAGUCAGAAAGGAAACUUGAGAUGAAGUUACAGAGAGAAGGAGAGAAGCCGUAAGAGGGUAGUUUGGAAAUCAAAGUUUUGUGCCAGAGUCUAUCAAAAGCUUUUGAUAUGUCCAAGGCAACAGCAAAAGUUUCACCAAAAUCUCUAAAAGAGGAUGACCAAGACUCAGUAAGGAAAGCCAGAAGGUCACCAGUAGAGCGGCCUUGCCGGAAACCAUACUGACGAUCAGAUAGAAGGUUGUGAAGUGAUAGAUGUUUAAGAAUCUUCCUGUUGAGGAUAGAUUCAAAAACUUUAGAUAGGCAGGAAAUUAAAGUAAUAGGACGGUAGUUUGAGGGAUUAGAACGGUCACCCUUUUUAGGAACAGGUUGAAUGUUGGCAAACUUCCAGCAAGGAGGAAAGGUAGAUGUUGACAGAUGGAGCUGAGAGAUUUUGACUAGGCAAGGUACAAGCAUAGAGGCACAGUUUCAGAGAACAAUAGGAGGGACCCCAUCAGGUCCAUAAGCCUUCCAAGGCUUUAGGCCAGUGAGGGCAUGGAAAACAUCAUUGCGAAGAAUUUUAAUAGGUGGCAUGAAGUAGUCAGAGGAUGGAGGAGAGGGAGGAUCAAGCUCAGAAUUAUCCAAGGUAGAGUUUUUAGCAAAGGUUUGAGCAAAGAGUUCAGCUUUAGAAAUAGAUGUGAUAGCAGUGGUGCCAUCUGCUUGAAACAGAGGAGGGAAAGAAGAAGCAAGGUUAUUGGAGAUAUUUUUGGCUAGAUGCCAGAAGUCAUGAGGGGAGUUAGGUCUUGAAAGGUUUUGACACUUUCUAUUAAUGAAGGAGUUUUUGGCCUGUUGGAAAACAGACUUGGCAUGGUUCUGGGCAGAAAUAUAAAGUGCAUGAGAUUCUGGUGAUUGAAGGCUUAAGUACCUUUUGUGGGCCACCUCUCUAUCGUGUAUAGCACGAGAACAAGCUGUGUUAAACCAAGGUUUAGAAGGUUUAGGACGAGAAAA